AUCUGUUUUUGAAUCAUGUAUUUUGUCAGUGUCUCUCAUUGCUGUGGAUGGAACAGGGACGCGCUCGAGCAGGAAGUCUCACUCAACAAACUGCGCAUGUUCACUAAAGUCUCUCACUAUGUACGGAUGACACCGACGGCGAUCUAAACGAGCUGAAGGAGAGUGCGGGUUAUGGCAGAGACAGAGGUCACUGUGUCCGUGGAGGACAUGGUGGUGAUGAAGACUUCUGAGGAAGAGGAUGUUGAGCCUGAUGACCAAAGCAAAACUCAAGUCAUUUUGCAGCUGCAGCCCAUCACAGCUGGGCUUGGAGAAGAAAGCAGCGAGACAGAUGCUGGGAUUGUGGCAGUGGAUACACCAGAUGUGGCAUCCGCUGAAGCUGAAGAUUUAGAGCUAGGUUUUCCCAUCACAUGUGGGGAGAGUAAAGCCAUACUUUUGUUCAAGAAGUUCGUCUGUCCUGGGAUCAACGUCAAGUGUGUUAAGUUUGAGGAUCAGUUGAUAAGUCCCAAGCAGUUUGUGCACAUGUCUGGUAAAGCCACUUUGAAGGACUGGAAGCGAGCCAUCAGGAUGGGUGGGGUUAUGCUCAGGAGGAUGAUGGACUCAGGUCAGCUGGAUUUCUAUCAGCACAGCACACUGUGCACAAACACAUGCCGCAGCACCAAGUUUGACCUGUUGAUCAACAACACACGCUUCCCACCGGACGGUAGUGGGCUUAAUACACCCACCACUGCUCAGGGAAAUGUCUCUGUUGGUAAUGGAGGCCAGACAGCCGCAGCAGAGAAGACUGGUGAAGAAAUGAUGGGCACAGUGGAGUGGAGCACGACCUCUGUAGAAACCUCUCCGAAAAAAGACUCGCCUGACAUCUCAGAAGAGACGUUGAGUUUCUGGAGGGGUAUCGCUGAGGUUGGACUGAUGGGGGAAGUGGUGUCUAACAUCCGCUCAGAGCUCUUGGGUCUACUGAGAGGAGUUCAGCUAUGCAGUGAUCAGAGCUCACUACAAGAUGCAGAAAUUGCGGUUCUGAGCAACCUGGCUCAAGUCUUUGACCUGCUGGACUCCAUCAAACAAAUAGUGAAUGUUCGGCGACAGAUGACUGACCCAGAACAGACGCAGGUCCUCCGAACCCUGACCACAUUGGAGCAGCAGGUAGAAGAACAGAAGAGGCUACAAUCCCUCAGCUGGCUGUCUCAGUCUCAGGCCCUCAGCAGUCUGGUUUUCCCCUCCACCCCUCCGGCUAAACGCGCUCCCAAACGGCCCCGCCUCCAGCGGCCCGCCUCCACGACGGUCCUCAGCACUUCUGUAGCCCAGCCUCUCACUAUUCAGCCCCAACAGUUCACCGUUCUCUCCCCUAUCACCCUCUCGUCCUUAGGCCAGUCGUUCGCCAUGGCCGGUCUCUCGCAACCGUCCAAUACACUGACCCUUCACACUCUUCCCCCAGGCUCGCAGUUAUUUACGCGACUCGCCGCGGUUCCCGACGGAAAAACGACAGAGGCCUUCACCUUUCAUCCCGCAUCCGGGCUCACGCUGCUAGGCACGGCAGCCGUGCAAGACCACGGACAGCUAGGGGCGGUAAUGAGCCCGAUGGAGCUGGUGCAGUUGACGCAAAAGGAAACCGCUGCAGGUGUUGCCCAGGACGGUCAGAUGGUAGCGGGCACAGUGGUGAUGCAAGACGGCGUUGUCAGGGUCGUCCAAGAGGACGAAAACCAGAGUGACACCACACUGAUCGAGAUCGACCCGGCGGGCGACGACCACGGCGUCAGCGUCAUGGAACUGCAUCUGGAGGGAGGCGCCACAGGAGGAGACGGAGAAACCGUGGUGCACGGCGGGGAGGAGGUGGUGCGAGGCGACGUGGAAGAGGAGACGGGGGAGAUCCAGCUGGAGGCCAACGGUCACUUUCACAAUCUGCCCGUUGUAGUGGUGAAGGAAGAGACACAGGACGCCGGCGAAGCCAAAUGAGACACAAACCACCCUCAGAGACUGACAAACGGAGUCAGACAGGGAAGGGGAUUGUGCCGCCACAGGUGGAGAGUGUGUGUUUGCCGCACCAGCUGUCUUGUUUUUCAUUACUGGCUUCCUGCACAGCCAAGCCUGACGUGUCGCGUAUUUGUAAAGCAACUUCAGUAUUUUUUUUACGAAACAAGUUGUGACUUUUGUAGGAACAGAGUCAGUAUUUGCGUUUGCAUUUGGAUGUUUAGUUUGGGCACUUCUUUUUUAUUUUCAUUUGGUUCGGUGCCAAAAUGUAACACAGUAGCCGUGGCCAGAUUGGUGCAGUAUUGGACGGUGGAUGGCAGUACACUGCUAUUUGAGACACUCCCGCAGUCAGAGUUUACACUGUCUGUCUGUGUACUUUCUGAUGUAGAGAUCAGGGUCAAUGGCACUGAAAUUAAGUUGUAUAUUAGCACAUAUGAUGAAGGGGUCCUGCAUGUCCUUCACUGAAAAUAAACAGAGCUUCCUUCACCUUGUACACGACACCUGUACGUGAAGGAUUGAUGUGUGAUAUCUGUUACGGUGUUUGGACGAACUGUUUAGUGACUAACAAUGCCUUGAUAUUAUUUAAGAUAAUAAUCUGUUUUAAGUCAAAGUAAUUGCUAAAAAAAUGAUUUCUAUUGAGGUUUAUAAAUACACAGUGUAUAAAUACGUUGAAUUCUGUAAAAUCAGUUAACUUAUUACAUUUCAAAGAAUGGUUUAUUCAAAAAAGUAAUGACUUUCAUCAUUUAUUCACACUCUUUCAUGUCUUACCUGUGUGACUUUAUUCUGACAUAUGAGAUGUUUUGAAGAAUGCUCACAAAAUCAUAUACCUGAGUGACCAAAUGAAGCCACGUGAGAGCUUUGGGGUAGACUGACGUACAGUAUAGGCAGCUCAUUGGCUCUUCUGCACAGGUCACGUCACAUCUCUCCAGGCCAUACACAGAUGUGAGAGCUACUAAACAGUUAAGAUGUUUGUUUAGGUUGUUAUAUUAAGAUGCAUUUUGGUUAUUUUAUAAAGCUUAACAGCUUUCUUACUCAUUUACGUUCAUUGUUUGGAAAAUAACUACGUGACAGUGAAUAAAUGAUGACAGAAGUGUCAUUUUUUGGAGAACAAA